AUGGAUGCCUCUGGCGGGCGGGACGCGGUGCUGCAUAAGCUUGCCGACGGUGGCUACCACCGCGCACACAACACCGCUCUCUCUGUGUUUGACCGCAUAGCCGGUGGCCUCGCGUGGGCUAUUUUGAGCGCCCGCCACCGCCUCUGCGUGGGGUUGGUGAAGAACGCCGACAUUCGUGAGAAGAUUCGCGUCUCCGAGGCAAUCUGCGACGCGCUGAAGCGCAUGCGUUGCCCGAUGGAUCUCCGCCCGCACCAGGUACAAGGCCUCGACUUCCCGUGUCUGCUGCGUGUUGUGGUGUGGCUGCUCAGGUGUGUGGAGGCGGUGCGUGCGGAGAAUGCGUUGUUGCUGGAGCGGCACACCGCUUGGGACUUCUUCCGCCGCUUCGGCUCUCAACUACCGUUUCUGCUUCCCCAGCAGCAGCAGCAGGAGGCGGAGGUGGUGGUAGUUGGGUCGCGUGCGUCGCCCGCAGACGUGGUGCUGCACGUCUCCAGGUCUCGCCUUGCGCCAACGCGGCAAUUCAUCCCAGUGGAGCGGCCGCCCCGCGACAGGCACGAGUCACGUCUCGCACACGUCUCCUCCGUGCUGCUCGAGUACGGGGUGCGCUACGCGACGCGCAACUCUGUCCUGCUGCUGCAGCACACGGCAAAGGAGGCCGGUGCCUUGGAGGGGGAAGACAAUGAUAUAGACCUGACGCGGCUGAAGGAGGAGGAAGACCAGGAAGGGCAUAUGCUGGAGGGGCUCAUGCAGCAGAUGCGGCAGCAUCGCGAGCGCAAGGACGGCAAGAUGCCCCGUGCGAGGGUGCAUGCCGUGCUGCAGGCGACAGAAGCCUCGGACGAGGAGCAGCGGCUGCGUGCCGCCUACAAUGUGCGGCAGGAGGAAAUGCGGAAGAGGCAAGAGGAGGCGCAGGCGGUGUGGGCGAGACUUGAGCGCAAGCAACGUGCUGCAGCGCGGUACCGCCACGAGUCCGAAGCAUUGCAGCAGCGCUGCGUGGAGGCGGAGCAGCAGCUUGCGGAAACACAAGCGGUGCUGCAGGCCGCGAAGGAAAAGUCGGCUCGGCGCACCGCCAAGUUGGCGGCGUACGUCCAGAACGUCCACGAGGUCCACCAACACGUGCUCGCCGACCCUUCACGUGCGGCGGUGCUGCAGACACUAAUGGAUUUGCUGCAGAAGAGGGAAGAGCAGCAUCUCCUGUUGGAGCAGGCGCAGCGUGACGGCAAGUGUCGUGUGAAGAUGGCCAAGGCGGAGUGCGUCAGUAUUGAUGACCGCAUCUCCAACGUCAAAUCCGGCGUCGUUGAUGACACGUGGGAGACCGAGCGUGCGCACUACGCCGCGCAGCUACAGCAGAAGGAGGUGGAGCUGGCGGCGGUAGAGCAGCAGGCGCUGGAUCUGCUACGGUGCACGGAUGCCUAUCCGACACGCUCGGAGCUGGAACAGAUUGGCAUGCGCAUUCGCGAGCUGAAUGAAGAGGUGGCGUGCAGNUACGAGGAGGCGAAGGCAGCGUUCAGCCGCCACAACACGCAGGCGGAGAUUCUGAAGUGCCUUGAGAGCGAGGCGUCAAUCAUGGCGCAGCUUGAUGGGAAGACGGAGGCGUGUCUGCAGCAGCCGGUGGAGAAAGCGAGGGCCAGAUGCAAGGAAGUACUUGGCGAGCACGCACAGGUGCUGUCACAGUUACACAGCUCGCUGGAGUUGGUGCUGCGACAGAAGGACGACGUGGCGAUGAGGCUUGGCGCGGCGAGGAAGGAGUACGACGCGCUGUUGGGGCAGCGGCAGCACCACCGUGACCUACUGGAGAUGCUGGAGCGGGUGCUCAGAGAGCAGCCCCCGCCAGCAGAGUGA